GUGGAGGGGGGCGGGGAGAGCUGCCGGCCGCCCCGCUCCGCGGAGCCCAGCAGGAAGGAGGGCGCGAGCGGGCGAGCGCGGGCGGCGCUAGCGGAAAAAGCUUCCGCGCGGGGGGACGAAAAGAAGGAAAGAAAGAAAGAAAACGAGCGCGAGAAGGGAAAAGCGAGCGAUUGAGCGAGGGCGCGCGCGAAAACUCCCGGCAGGUAUGAUAAUAACAUUGUGACUAUAUAUGAGAAUGUCCUUUUUCUUGGGAGAAUCAAACUGAAGAGUUAAAGCACUUUCACUUGGACCCUUCGAUGCCCAUUGAACAGAUGCUUGAGAAUUGCAAGUAAUCUUCAGAUUAUAGCAUAACCAUAAGGCCUGUCCUCUGUGUGGGGAGGAGCUUACCCAUGUGCUGUGGAAAUGAACGGGGAGCAGCAGACUGAUGCAGAUGCUGGAUCUGGAGUGGAAGAAGUGGAGUUAAGCUGGGAAGACUAUCUAGAAGAGACAGGGUCCAUAGCAGUUCCCUACGGGUCUUUUAAACAUGUGGACACACGUUUGCAGAAUGGAUUUGCUCCUGGGAUGAAAGUGGAGGUGGCUGUGAAAACUGAUCCUGAAACCUACUGGGUUGCCACCAUCAUUACCACCUGUGAGCAGCUGCUCCUCCUCCGGUACGAUGGCUACGGGGAGGAUCGCAGAGCAGACUUCUGGUGUGACAUCAGGAAGGCUGACCUCUAUCCCAUUGGGUGGUGUGAACAGAAUAAAAAGACCCUCGAAGCCCCAGAAGGCAUCAGAGAUAAAGUGUCUGACUGGGAUGAGUUUCUACGGCAGACCCUGGCGGGAGCAUGUAGUCCUCCUGUUCCGCUGCUAGAGGGCCUCCGUAAUGGGAGGAAUCCUUUAGAUCUCAUUGCUCCAGGUUCCAGGCUGGAAUGUCAAGCUUUCCAGGACUCUUUAAGUACUUGGAUUGUUACUGUGGUAGACAACAUUGGGGGAAGGCUGAAGCUGCGUUAUGAAGGACUUGAGGGUUCUGAUAAUGUUGAACAUUGGUUGUAUUACUUGGAUCCGUUUCUUCAUCAUGUUGGUUGGGCUGCUCAACAAGGGUACGAGCUUCAACCCCCAUCAGCCAUCAGACAUCUGAAAAAUGAAGCUGAGUGGCAAGAGAUCUUGGCCAAAGUGAAAGAGGAGGAAGAGCCAUUACCAUCUUAUUUGUUUAAGGACAAGCGAGUGAUCGGCACUCAUUCUUUCUCUGUAAAUAUGAAAUUAGAAGCUGUGGACCCCUGGUCUCCUUUUGGCAUCUCUCCUGCUACAGUUGUUAAGGUUUUUGAUGAGAAGUAUUUUCUGGUGGAAAUGGAUGAUUUGCGACUGGAGAAUCGUGCGCAGCGAUCCUUCGUGUGUCACACCGAUAGCCCUGGUAUUUUCCCUGUGCAGUGGAGUCUGAAGAAUGGUUUACACAUCAGCCCCCCUCCUGGCUACCAGGGCCAGGACUUUGACUGGGCCGACUACCUCAAACAGUGUGGUGCUGAAGCUGCUCCCCAGAGGUGCUUCCCUCCGUCAAUUUCUGAGCAUGAAUUUAAGGAGAACAUGAAGCUUGAGGCAGUGAACCCUCUUCUCCCCGAAGAAGUGUGUGUUGCCACCAUUACUGCAGUGAGAGGCUCCUACCUGUGGCUCCAGCUGGAGGGUUCUAAGAAGCCCAUACCUGAAUUUAUUGUGAAUGUGGAAUCAAUGGAUAUAUUUCCUUUGGGCUGGUGUGAAACCAACGGCCAUCCCCUCAGCACUCCUCGCCGAGCGCGAGUACACAAACAGAGGAAAAUUGCAGUGGUUCAACCAGAAAAACAAAUACCAUCCUCAAGGACUGUCCAUGAGGGUCUGAAGAAUCAGGAGAUGAGCUCCACAGACUCAGUUAUGAUUAAUGGAAAAUAUUGCUGUCCAAAGAUAUACUUCAACCACCGUUGCUUCUCAGGGCCAUAUCUUAACAAAGGAAGGAUCGCUGAGCUGCCUCAGUGUGUGGGACCCGGGAACUGUGUCCUGGUCCUCAGAGAGGUCCUUACUUUACUGAUCAAUGCAGCCUAUAAACCCAGCCGUGUCCUUCGGGAGCUGCAGCUGGACAAAGACUCUGUGUGGCAUGGAUGUGGGGAGGUCCUCAAGGCCAAAUACAAAGGAAAGAGCUAUCGAGCUACUGUCGAGAUAGUGAAAACAGCAGAUCGGGUGACUGAAUUCUGCCGGCAAACCUGUAUCAAACUGGAGUGCUGUCCUAACCUCUUCGGUCCACGAAUGGUUCUGGAUAAGUGUUCUGAGAACUGCUCUGUUCUUACAAAGACUAAGUAUACACACUACUACGGAAAGAAGAAAAAUAAAAGAAUUGGGAGACCACCUGGUGGGCAUAGUAACUUAGCAUGUGCCCUGAAAAAAGCGAGUAAGAGGAGAAAGAGGCGAAAAAAUGUUUUUGUGCAUAAGAAGAAACGCUCGUCUGCGUCUGUUGAUAAUACACCAGCAGGCUCUCCCCAGGGAAGUGGGGGUGAAGAUGAGGAGGACCCAGAUGAAGGAGAUGACGAUUCCCUAAGUGAAGGUAGUACAUCUGAGCAGCAGGAUGAGCUCCAGGAAGAGUCAGAAAUGUCAGAAAAAAAGUCAUGCUCCUCCUCCCCCACCCAAAGUGAGAUAUCCACAUCACUGCCUCCAGACAGACAGAGAAGAAAAAGAGAACUUCGCACUUUUUCAUUUUCUGAUGAUGAGAAUAAACCUCCUUCACCAAAGGAAAUAAGGAUUGAAGUUGCUGAAAGGCUUCACCUGGACAGUAACCCCCUGAAGUGGAGUGUGGCAGACGUUGUGCGGUUCAUCCGAUCCACAGACUGUGCUCCGUUAGCAAGAAUAUUCCUAGACCAGGAAAUUGAUGGGCAGGCCCUAUUGCUCCUUACUCUUCCCACUGUUCAAGAGUGCAUGGACUUAAAACUGGGCCCUGCUAUCAAACUUUGCCAUCACAUAGAGAGGAUCAAGUUCGCUUUUUAUGAACAGUUUGCCAACUGAGAAGGACAACCAAAGUAGGCUGUAUCUUUGAAGCACAAAUGCAGCAAAUCCUUCGCCCUGCUCUACAAGUGGAGCUGAAAUAGUCCCAGGGCUCUGGGCCUGCAGGUGUUGGCUUGCUCUCUUUGCACUUUCAGGGAAGGAGGACCCACACCGAGGAAGCAAAAACUGCACAAAAGUGGCUCUCCUGCCAGUGAAAAUGUGGGCAUCUCUUGUUCAUCAGAUUGCAGUUUAAAAAAAAAUAAAGAUUGUGAAGAAAAGACUCAUAUGAGAAGAAUAAGCAUUUCCACUGGUGUGGCCUGGAAACGAAGAAUAAUCGAGGCUGCUGGCAAGCACCCUUUUGAUUUUCUUUUUGUUCUCUCUGUUCCUUCCCAUUGUAGUUGGAACUUUGUUCUCUGCUUUCUCUUUCUUGGGAAGAGAGGAUAUAGCUUUAAGUCAGCACUGAUUUGGGACUGUGCCUCAGGCACAUCAGUGCUUCAUUGUCAUGUGUUUUAAAGCUUUUUUAAAUUAAAACGGUUCAUUUUGGGGAUGAUUAUGUGGCUCUAGGGUUUUGAAUGUACAGUCACACUUUGAUCCAUUUAAAAUCUAUUCUUAGGAGUUCCUUUGUUUACUACCUCUGUUGAUAAUUGGGCUCGUAGCCCUGUCUGAGGUUUUUUUAAUGAUGCCAUUUUUAAGCUACAUGAACACUAAAACUAUGACAGAAGUUGGAGGAAAAGACACUGUUUUCUUUCUUAAGAGUAAUGUGUGGCACUUACACCAAUUCCUUAACUGAUCUAAGAACUCUACUGUCAUUGUUUUCCAUCCUAACCUCGGUUGGGCUACCUGUUUCAAGUAAUAUCUCAAAGACUGUUGCUGUUUUAAGUUGAAUUGCUCUCUCUCCACUAGUUCUCAGAGGGACUUCCAUAGCUUUUAUUUUGUGUUUACUUUUCUCUACAGUUAUUUGUCCAACUUCCAUUUUGAGAGUCCUUAUUUUGGGUAAAAAUCAGUAGGUGUUUCCUGGACCCACAGUAAAGCCCAUUUCCCCAUUUUUCUCAGUGUCUCUAGACAGAUAGUAUAGAUGCACAAAAGAGAAAAUACAUUUUGGGGGAGGGGGGAAGUGAUGCAGAGCAUCAAGUUUCUGUCACAGUAUGUCCUUAGUGGCCGGAUAAAGAUUGAGAGAUGGUUAAGGAUUCUAGAAACAUCUUUGACUAGUCACAUUUACAUUUUCUUUUAUUGAACCUUUAAAUUGAAUGUAUUCUACAGUCAGUUCCCACUCAAAAACUCAGUUUCCUUUUAACUGUUUCUUUUGACCCAGCUCAACUUGACAUUAAACAGAAAAAUUUUCACUUAUGAUUGCACUGGCUGUUGGCUGUUAUAGAAGAAUAGCAUUUACUGUACUGUUUCUGCCAUGAGGAAUGAGGAAAGAUACAUACAUAGGUUGCUUCUUUUAAAUGGUUUGCUUUGCUGAAUGGUUUUUCUUUUUUUUUAAGUAUCCUAGUUACCUACAAAUUUAUAACCUAAUCAUUCCUCUUCAAGAUUUGAAAAUGUUUUAAAACUACGAAGUGGGUAAAUUCUAAACAGUUAUACAAAUAUAAGGUAAUUUUGUUACAAAUUUAAACUGAUUGUGAUUUUUUUCCUUCUCUUCCCUGGUGUUCCACCUUUUUUUUUGGACCUUGGCAAACAUUUUGUAGUCUGACUCUUCUCUUUAUUGGAUAAUUUAUGAACCACUUUAGUUCAAGCCCUCCAACCAAACCCUUUAU